UUUCAAUUAUAAAAAAAUAGAAAGAGAAAAGAACAGAGACGUCUCUGCUCUGCUGUGCAUCUACAUCUGCGCCAUCUUUGGAUUUUACGAACCACCGAACCAGCCCCGCACUCAUUCACAGUCACAGAGAAGAGAAGAGAAGAGGAGAGAGAUACAAUUACAAAGAAGAAGGGAAGGCUUGUUGUUGGUAAAGCGAAGCGAGACCUGCUCCCCCUGCUUCACCAAAAUAGAGGUGUGUUGUGUUGUUGGUCGGGACAAAUACCUCUCUCUUUCUCUUUCCGCCCAUCCAUGCCGGAUUCUCGUCUCAAUCCUUGAAUCUUACAACCGACCAGAGCCGUUUCCUGCUGAUUCGAGUGCUGUUGUUGUUGCUCUUGGCGUUCGGGUAAACAAUAAUGGCUACGGACCGGCUUACCGGUCGCCAUUGGCGGAGGAACUCGAAACUGUUGCUGCUCUUUUCGUUAUGCUUUUGGGGAAUGCUCUCGCUUUCUUCAGCUCGGCGGCCGUCGCCGUCGCGGCAGAAGCUUCUCGUUCAGAAGCACUUGAAUCGCCUCAACAAACCCCCCAUUAAAUCCAUUCCGAGUCCAGAUGGGGAUAUGAUUGACUGCAUCCACAUCUCUCACCAGCCUGCUUUUGACCACCCUUUCCUCAAAGAUCACAAGCUCCAGGUGAGGCCUAGCUACCAUCCAGAGGGGUUAUUUGAAGAGACAACGAUGAACAAAGAAAGAACAAAUUCAAUCACUCAGCUCUGGCACAUGAACGGCAAGUGCCCUAAGGACACCAUCCCUGUCAGGAGAACAAAGAAGGAGGAUGUCCUGAGAGCCAGCUCUGUCAAACGGUAUGGAAAGAAAAAGCACAUAAGCAUCCCCAAGCCCAGGUCUGCAGAUCCUGACCUAAUGAAUGAAAGUGGUCAUCAGCAUGCUAUAGCUUAUGUGGAAGGGGAAAAGUAUUAUGGUGCAAAAGCAACUAUUAAUGUUUGGGAACCCAAAAUACAGCAGCCGAAUGAGUUCAGCCUCUCCCAAAUUUGGCUGUUGGGCGGCUCUUUCGGCGAAGAUCUUAACAGCAUUGAAGCUGGUUGGCAGGUCAGCCCUGAUCUCUACGGUGACAACAACACCCGGCUUUUCACUUACUGGACUAGCGACGCGUAUCAAGCAACGGGAUGCUACAACCUUCUCUGCUCGGGUUUUAUUCAGGUCAAUAGUGAGAUAGCAAUGGGCGCGAGCAUCUCUCCCGUUUCGGGAGUCCGGAGUUCCCAAUAUGAUAUUAGCAUUCUUGUCUGGAAGGAUCCAAAGGAGGGGAACUGGUGGAUGCAAUUUGGGAACGACUACGUGCUUGGGUACUGGCCAUCGUUCCUCUUCUCGUACUUAGCAGAGAGUGCGUCGAUGAUCGAGUGGGGUGGGGAGGUAGUGAACUCACAGCCGGACGGGCAGCACACGUCGACACAAAUGGGGAGCGGGCAUUUUCCGGAAGAAGGAUUCGGGAAGUCGAGCUAUUUCAGGAACAUUCAAGUGGUGGACAGCUCGAACAAUCUCAAGGCCCCGAAAAGGCUCGGGACAUUCACGGAGCAAUCGAAUUGCUACGAUGUCCAGCCGGGGAGCAACGAGGAUUGGGGGCAUUACUUCUACUAUGGAGGGCCUGGAAGAAACCCUAAUUGCCCUUGAAGGAAGAAGAAGAAGAAGAGGCAGCCAUGUUUGGGAAGCACCAUUGUAUCAUUCAAUGUAGUCUCAAGUCCUUUUUAGCUAAAUCUCUGAGUGAGUGUGUGUGUGUGUGAGUGAGUAAAUCUGCCAUGUACACCACCUACCUCCUGCUUUCUUUUUUAUUUUUAGGUAUAUUGUUAUUAGGUUUUGGUGGAAGGUUGUUUUUGGAUCUUCUUCCAUGUUAAGAGUGGGAGAAGAAAGUUGGGAGGGGCAGCCAGAUGAAGGUUUCUUGACAAAAAUGGUGAGAGAAACUUGCAGCAAAAAAUGGAAUUGGCCCUUGGUUUGUGUUU